UCCUCCAUUUCUUUUUCUUCUCUCUUCUUCUUCUUCUUCUUCUCCUUCUCUCUCAUGAGAGAAAUACUACAGAGGAAGGGAAGAAAAAGAGACAAGAGGAGGAGCUACUAGCUUAUUAUCUAGCCAUGAAGAACACCAUCAGAUGCUGCAUAUCUUGCAUUCUUCCAUGCGGGGCCCUAGACGUGAUUCGAAUAGUUCAUACUAAUGGCCGAGUUGAAGUGAUUAGUGGAAGCAUCAAAGCAUCAGAAAUCAUGAAAUUGCAUCCAAAACAUGUUCUGAAGAAGCCUUCUUCAUCAUCAUCAGAAGAUCAAGGUUGUUGUCCUAAGAUUGUUAUAGUUCCUCCUGAUGCAGAACUCCAACGUGGGAAGAUUUACUUUCUCAUGCCAGUUCCUCCUUCAGCUCCUCAGAAGAAUCAGAAGAGUUCGCGUUCAAGAUCUUCAUCAUCAUCAUCCUCAUCAUCAUCAAGGAGGAAAAAGAGAGAGGCUGCUGAUCAAAAUAAUGCGAAUAGUAAUAACAAUAGCAGUAUUUCCAUGACAAAUCUUCUCCUUUCUGAUCGGUAUUUGAGCGAGAUUUUAUCAGAAAAGAUAUCAACUCAAAGGGAUCGAAGGAGAGGCCGUGCUGGCAUUUGGAGACCACACUUAGAGAGCAUUUGUGAGACAUCAAGUGAACCAUGAGUAAUCACCGGUUAUUUUUUCCUUUUAUUUUUGUUUCCAAAUUUUCCAGUAUAAGAUUAUUAGGGUUCUCAAUCUUGAACUCACUUUUAUUUCUUCUGCAUAUUUUGUAUAUAAGGAUAUAAGAAUAUGAAAAAGUAAAAAGAGUAAAAAAUAGGAUCCCGUUUGCCAAAUUUGUGUUGUUCAUGUUUGAGAAUUGGACUGAAGAGCUUUUGUUUUUGUUUUUUAGGUUCUUGGUAGCACUAGAAAAUUCUCAUAAAAUAGGCCAGGCUCUGGGAAUGUAAUGUUGUUCAAUCUUUACUACAGCUUUCCAAAUUCCGGUAAUCUGGAGAUUAUGUAAUCUUGUGAUGUGGAUGGAUGCAAGAGCUGUGGAGUUUUAGAGUUCUAUAAAGAGAUCAAUUAGC